AUGGCCUCCAGUCCAGGAGUUCCUCUGAGGUUUAUAAGACACGAGGAAGGUAAUGGUGCCAAGGGGCGUAAUGGUGCCAAGGGAAGUAAUGGUGCCAAGGGACGUAAUGGUGCCAAGGGAAUUAAUGGUGCCAAGGGAAGUAAUGGUGCCAAGGGAAGUAAUGGUGCCAAGGGGCGUAAUGGUGCCAAGGGAAGUAAUGGUGCCAAGGGACGUAAUAGUGCCAAGGGAAGUAAUGGUGCCAAGGGAAGUAAUGGUGCCAAGGGAAGUAAUGGUGCCAAGGGAAAUAAUGGUGCCAAGGGAAGUAAUGGUGCCAAGGGAAGUAAUAGUGCCAAGGGAUGUAAUGGUGCCAAGGGACGUAAUGGUGCCAAGGGAAGUAAUGGUGCCAAGGGACGUAAUGGUGCCAAGGGAAGUAAUGGUGCCAAGGGGCGUAAUGGUGCCAAGGGACGUAAUGGUGCCAAGGAGGAAAGUAUAAGUACUCACAAUAUCUCUUGA